UAGAACUUCAAUACCCAUGAUGCACUGCGAAGCUGGAAGUUCAGGCAUGUGAAUGCAGUAUGAUUCUCGUAGUAGCGCUUCCUGAAUAGAGCUACAGAUGCUCAUGAAAACAUUACACAUUUACGUUUUUAUUUACUAAUUCGCUUCUUGUGUGUCAGAAUGAAAAUGCAGUUUAUAAUUUUGAUUUCGUUGUUUGUUAUUGGAGCAAUGGCGGGUAAGUACUCGAAAGAAAUGAAUGAACAAAACAAGGCAUCUGAUAAAAACAAUAAUCAGGUGGAAUUCAGGAUUGCCAAACUUAAUCAGAUCUGGGAAAAGGCGUUAAGGAUGCAGCUUGCACCGGUGAGGCUGUCAGAACUGCACAGUGACUUGAAGAUUCAGGAGAAAGAUGAACUUCAGUGGAAAAAACUGAAAGCAGAAGGUUUGGACGAGGAUGGAGAGAGAGAAGCCAAGCUCAGACGCAAUUUUAGUAUUAUUCUGGCAAAGUAUGGAAUGGAUGGGAAAAAAGACACCCGCACAUUGGACAGCAACAGGCUGAAAGAUCAUGAUUUUAAAGAGGGAGAGACAUUUGAUGACCCAAGGCUGGACAAGCUGUGGAACAAGGCCAAGUCUUCCGGAAAGUUCUCUGACGAGGAACUCCAGACCCUUCAGAGAGAAUUCAAGCACCACAAAGACAGAAUCAAUGAGUAUAACAUUGUCAUGGACACUGUCAGCAGGACUGAAGAGAUCCAUAAGAAUGUAAUAAGUCCUCUGGAGGGCGAAGUGAAGGAACAUGUUCUCCAUCAGAAACAUGCAGAUCUGAAGCAGAGAAUGAGGGACCUCAACCAAGGCUUUGAACGACUCCGCAAGAUCACCCAUGAGGGUUACAGUGAUGACAGUGAAUUUAAGGAGCCAAGAGUCAUAGAACUUUGGGAAAUGGCAAAACGGUCUAAUCUGAGUGAAGAUGAACUUGAUUCUCUUAAAGAGGAACUUAAACAUUUUGAAACAAAGGUGGAGAAGCACCAGCACUAUCAGGAGCAGCUGGAACUGUCCCAUCAGAAACUGAAGCAUGUGGAAGCCCUGGGAGACGAAGAUCAUAUCAUGAGAAAUAAAGAGAAAUACAACACUCUUGCUGAGAAAGCACGAGAAAUGGGCUACAAGAUGAAGAAACACUUGCAGGAUUUGACUAAUAAGAUUUCCCGAAAUGGAUUGCAACACAAUGAACUCUGAGCACUUCUGUUAGCUACAAUUAUUCAUUGGUCACAUAUGCUGGAGUUAUAAAGGUAGGGCAUAAUGUACACAAAUUUAACGUUUCCAUUGCGAAGCAAAUGGACUAUUUGGUAAAUUCUGAUUUUAUUUUUAUGUUACUGUGAGUAGUGAUCAGGUCUGCUUUUGUUGCUCAUUUCCCAUUGAAUGUCUUUACAGCAAAUGACUACGUGGUGAUUUAUCCAGCAAGCUUACAGUAUGUCAUCCACACUCUAUUGUGGCAAAAUUAGUUUAUGACUCAAUUUGUUAAGGACAGCAAACGCGCACAGAAACGUGUAACAUCCCACAAAUGUGGGUGCAAAAGAAUUGAACAUUCAUCUACAAGAUAUCUGCAUGGCAUCUCUUUCACACAUGAAAAAGCUCUCAAAGUUUUUAAUAUAAAAUUAAGCAUUCAUUUUAAUAAUUCUUAUUUUUUAUUCCCCAGUCCUGAGCAUCCUAAGAUUUAAAGGUUGCAAAAUAAAACCCCUUAAUGAACAAUGGUGCACAGGCUUGCUUUAAUAUUACUUCUAUUAACAGCUAAAAUUUAUCAGGAAAAAAAGUGUGCUUCGGUGGAGAAAGAGCAGCCGAGCUCACGCACUACAUUACUUAUUUUUGACAAGGCAGACCUUGAGUCAAACAUAAUCUGAAUCAUUAAAUAGCAAUGCGUACAGGGUACAUUUCUAUGAUUGGUAGACUUGAUCCAACAUCCUCACUGUUUAAACAGUUCCAUCAGGUAUACACCGUCAUAAAAUUUAGAUUUGUCAUAAAAAUUGUAAUAUAAAUUCCACAUUAAUUCUUUAAUCUAUGACACUGUCAUUACUAAUCUAACAAGUUUGUGAUUUAAAAUCUUCCUAUUCAUACAAAUCCUAUAAUCCAGCAUUGUAAUGAACUGUCAGGAAUGUGAUCUCCGUAAAUAAUAGGAUUGCUUUUGUACAAGUGCACAUUUCAUUUUGCAAAUUUCAUAAUAAAACAAACUGCCCGA